CUUACGCCUCCUCACUUCACCCCCACCACCACGCCUCUAUUUUCCACACGUUUAUCUCUGCCAUUUCUUCUCUAAUCCCCUUUCUUUCUUCUCAUUCUCUGAACCAAAUUUGAUCAACAAAGAUAGCAAAAAGUUUAUCAGUUGAUUUGAUUUAGUGUUUCUUCUUUUCUUGAUCCAUAAUUCCCUAUCCAGAGAUUCAGAGAUUCAGAGAAGCUGCCUCAAUUGGGUUUCCUGUUUUUUAUAGGGUUUCUAAGACCAAAAAAUUAGGAUUAUAGGAUACCAUGGGUUUUGACAAAGAUGAAGCGAGUUCAUCCUCCUAUGUCCUCCAAAUCCCCAGAGAAGACACCCCACUCCUUUCAGAUCACAAGCGCCUCUCUUCUUCAUUCAAGACUUUUGCCAAUGUUUUCAUAGCCAUAGUAGGGGCCGGUGUGCUUGGCCUUCCUUACACCUUCAAGAGAACAGGGUGGGUGAUGGGUGUUCUCAUGGUGUUCUCUGUGUCAGCCUUGACUUACUACUGUAUGAUGCUGCUAAUCCAUUCAAGGAGGAAGCUUGAAUCCCAUCCCAAGGCCUUAAAGCUCUCAUCUUUUGGUGAUUUGGGCUUUGCUGUGUGUGGGGGAGUUGGGAGGUUUGCUGUUGAUGCCAUGAUUGUUCUCUCCCAAGCUGGUUUUUGUGUCAGCUACAUGAUUUUUAUAUCAAACACUUUAGCUUACAUAUUUAAUUAUGCUACUGUGUCAAACCCUGACCCCAGAAUCUUGGGGAUUUCCCCCAAAAUUGUGUAUAUCUGGGGCUGUUUUCCUUUCCAAUUAGGUCUGAAUUCAAUCCCCACACUCACCCAUUUAGCCCCCUUGAGCAUCUUUGCUGAUGUUGUGGACUUGGGAGCCAUGGGUGUGGUGAUGGUGGAGGAUGUGCUAAUGUACCUUCAAACCAGGCCUGUUCUGCAGGCCUUUGGUGGGUUCAGUGUGUUCUUUUAUGGUCUUGGGGUUGCAGUGUAUGCUUUUGAAGGGGUUGGAAUGGUCCUGCCUUUAGAAUCAGAGAUGAGGGACAAGGCUAAGUUUGGGAAGGUCUUGGGUCUCUCAAUGGCCCUAAUUUCUCUGAUGUAUGGAGGGUUUGGGGUUUUGGGCUACUUUGCAUUUGGUGAUGAAACCAAGGACAUAAUCACCACCAACCUUGGCCAGGGCCUGCUUAGCUGUCUCGUCCAAAUCGGCUUAUGCAUCAACCUGUUCUUCACGUUCCCACUAAUGAUGAACCCGGUUUACGAGGUCUUGGAAAGAAGGUUCUGUGAGGGAAGGUAUUCCCUGUGGCUGAGAUGGGCCGGGGUGCUCUCGGUUAGCCUGGUCGCCCUCCUGGUGCCUAACUUUGCCGAUUUCUUGUCACUUGUGGGCAGCAGUGUGUGCAUUUUGCUAGGCUUUGUGUUGCCUUCAUUGUUUCACCUCAUUGUGUUCAAGGAUGAGCUUAGCCUUCUUGGAUUGGCCAGUGAUGGAGCUCUCAUUGUGAUGGGCAUCUGUUUUGCAGCCUAUGGGACUUUUUCUUCUAUCAUGGAGAUCUUUGCUGUCAAGGCUUAGGGCUUUAGUAACAACAACUGGCUUUCCUUCACAUAUAGUCUUGUGGAAAUGUAGAUUACUACCACAUAGUUUUGUGUCUUUAUUCUUGCAAGCCAAGUCCAUUUAUUUACUACUAGGAGGCUUGGACUUUAUUGUAGUGUGGUUAUCAUCACUUGGUUGUUACUUGUUUGUCUUGAAUGCAGUUCUUUAUUGGGAUUUCUUUCUCUUAAA